AAUAAAUAAUUUACUUCCUGCUUCUGUCAGUUCCGUCCAUUUAUCACAACAUACCACACAAUAUGAAGGAAAUAUGUGCUUUUAUACAUGUUUUAAUGCUACUAUGCUCUCGCUGGCAAAGUGCCGAGGGAAACAAAGGAUAUUCAUACGCAGAUUGCACCUAUGUAAAAGGAGACAGUGCCCACACAUAUUCUGGGAGCCGAUGCUUCUGUUACAGCUCUGUAAUCAAAUGGAAAGACAUGUGGUCCACCUUCAAGGUGAAUGUGACUAGUUAUGAGGAUGUCUUCAUCAUGUCCCCGAUGGAGACCACUAAUUGUCACCAUCCAGAUGAUCUUCUCACAAUUAUUAACUGCUUUGUUGAACAUUACUGGCCAUCCACUAUCCUAAGGGAGAAGGCUUUGGACAUUCCUCUGGUUGAUGAAAAUGUCUGCUUCAUGACUAAAUCACCUAGAAGCAGCACUGAAUACACAAUACAUGUCUCAAACAAAAGGUUAAAUAUAAUGUGCUUCUUGCUCUUUAUCUGUGGGCUGGCACUUUUUUUGGGAGCGGGAAACAUAUGCAGGAGCUCACUGUUUUUCUACAUCACUGGAGUAACAUUGGGGGUCAUUGCCACAUUUGUUUCUCUAAUACUUGUCCUAAGAAACUUUGUACCAAAGCGAGGGCUGUUCCUAGUGUUGUUGGGCUCUGGCUCCAGUUUAUCCUCCAUUGGAAUUCAGAGGGUGUUAAAUGAAUGGGACAACAUCGUGACGGAGCACUGGAUAGAAUUGCUUGUUUAUGUGUUGAUAUUGGGCUCAUUUAGCUUCAUAGUGUGCUACAAGCACGGCCCCAUCACUAACAUCCACACCCUGAACUUGAUGACCUGGUGCAUGCAAGCAGUAGGCAUGCUGUUGCUUUACUAUGGGAUUACAUUCCCCCCUGCCUACUAUAUACUGCUCACUUGCCUGUUGUGCUGGAAGAUCUUGCCCUUUGUCCAGAGCUUUUUAAAGGUGAUACGCAGCCUUGCCUUCUCUAAACUGGGACUGUUCCAGUUGAAGAAAUACCCCAAGACUAGACUGCUGACCGAAGAGGAAUACAAGGAGCAGGGAGAGAUCCACACUAAAGCCUCACUGGAUGAACUGAGGGAGCAAUGCAAUAAGCCUGGCUUUCCUGCAUGGGAGACCGUGUUGAGAAUCAGAGCACCGCAAAAAUUCGCCGAAUUUCUGCACGGUGGCUCCCACAUCACACAAAAGGAGCUUCAGAGUCAUGAUAAUCAGUAUGGGCCUGGUGGGGCUUACUACGAGAACAUGCUGUUUAACAACAGCUCCAGUGAUGGACUGUCUGAGAGAGAAGAGGAUGACAACAAAGAGGACGAGCUACACAGAACAAGUCCUCCAACCCCAAACAACCCUCCCAGUCACCCUGAAUACAUCGCCCCUGUCUGCCCCUACCCCACAGCCACCUACACUGCUCAGCCAGAACCCAUGGAUCCUGAAGACCAAGAUUUCUUUUGAAUCUUACUCAAGGAUGAGUAAGGUAUGAUUUUAUGGUUUUAAAAAACUCUUUGAAUGGAACAAUAUCAUUAGGAAAGCAUGACUCUAAGGAACAUUGUAAAUCCCUAAUAAUUGUUAAAAAAAAAUUAUCUCACUCACUUGUUAACUUAAAUUAUCUCUUUGAGACAAUAUGGGCUGUUUUGUGAAAGUGGACCUGAAUUUGUAGUACACCCAAUAAUGAAAAUGUUAUUAUUGUUUACUCACCUCAUGUUGUUCCAAACCUGUAUGACUGUCUUUCUUCUGUGAAACACAAGGUAGAUGUUAGACAGUAUGUUAACUUUCACCUUUCAUCUUCUUUAUAUGCAAUGAAAGUGAAUGGUGACUGAGGCUAACAUUCUGCCUGACAUCUCCUUUUGUUCCAGUAAAAGUAAUUAGUAAUUUAUGGGAUUGGAACAACAUGAGGGUGAGUAAAUGAUGACCUUUAAGUGAUGUUGUUAUACCACUGAUCUGUACACACUGUAUGUAAAUAACGUUUCUGAAUAGAUGGUGGUGUGCUGCUCUUAGGUAUUCAAACUAUUCAGGACUGAUAUUUUUUUUUAUCAAGCAUCUUAUACAAUGAUUGAGCUUGUAAUUUUAGGAAAUACUGGCCUCUAGUGUCAAUUAAAGGAACAGUUCUCCCACAAAUUACAAUUCUGUCUUCAUUUACAUAUUUACUCUUCUCUACUGGACACAAAAAGGAAAAGGUUUUUGUUGUUGUUGCUGCAUAUUUAUGCUAAGUUUAAGUUCAUGACAGAAUUUUCAUUUUUGGGUGAACUAGACACGCAAAGAAUUUCACUAUAGUGAAUGGUCAGUAUCAACACAGGUUUAUUAUGUCUACAUUUGGCCAUUUCCUAGACUUUAUUAUUUUUAUUGGAUUUAUAUCUGAAGAGAGAAUGUAUGAUUUAUGAAGGUUCAUUU